GGGGGAAGUGACGGAGUACGCAGAACCCACAUCCCGGCGUUUCCUGCUUCCGGUGGCCCCGCGUAUCGAAUAUGGUGCUCAUCAAAGAAUUUCGAGUUCUGCUACCAUGUUCUGUGGAAGAGUACCAAGUGGGCCAGCUCUACUCUGUGGCUGAGGCCAGUAAGAACAACACAGGAGGGGGGGAGGGGAUCGAGGUGCUGCGGAACGAACCAUACGAGAAGGAGGGGGAGAAGGGCCAGUACACCCACAAGAUCUACCACAUUCACAGUAAGGUUCCCAGUUUCGUGCAGAUGUUUGCACCAGAAGGCGCACUGGUUUUCCAUGAAAAAGCCUGGAAUGCGUAUCCCUACUGUAGAACCAUCGUGACGAAUGAAUAUAUGAAAGAUGAUUUCUUUAUUAAAAUCGAGACCUGGCACAAACCUGACAUGGGAACACAAGAAAAUGUUCAUGGUCUGUCCCCGGAGAGCUGGGAGGAAGUGGAGGUGAUACCUAUCGAUAUCGCAGACCGAACGCAAGUCAACGAAUACGAUUACAAGGCAGAUGAGGACCCCGCUAUCUUCCGCUCUGAGAAGACUGGGCGUGGGCCCUUGGGGCCCGAUUGGAAGAACAAUCUGGGGUCUCACAGUGACUGUCCUCACAUGACUGCGUACAAACUGGUAACCGUGCACUUCCGCUGGUGGGGCCUGCAAGGGAGGGUGGAGAAAUUCAUACACAAGCAAGAGAAACGCUUGUUCACUAAUUUCCACCGGCAGCUGUUCUGCUGGUUGGAUCGCUGGGUGGAUUUCUCCAUGGAGGAUAUCCGGCGCAUGGAGGAGGAGACGCAGAAGGAGCUGGACAAGAUGAGGAACGAGGGAUCUCUCAGAGGGAUGUGUGCAGGGGAGGACUAACCCUGAGGAGGCCUCGCUCAGUACAUGGCUCAGGCUAAUGGUUUUUAAAAAUGAGAGGAGUGGGAGUGGGGAGCUGUGAUUGGCUCCAUCUGCCUGAAUCUCCGCCCCCCCCUCUCCCUGCAUCCAAUCAAAACACCAACAUCACACACACCCUGACAAAUGGCCAACACAGCGCGAGGGAGGAGGAGGAGGAGGAGGGGGUGACUGAACAAGCGAAGGAAAAAAACAAGCAACAUGAACGACAAGAAGAAACGGAGAGAAAGAGGAGGAUCAGUAACACCAUCUUUUAAAAGAAAAGGCCUCAUCCUAAUUCUAAGAAAAUCAAGACUUCUUUAAAAUCCACUCUCACCUCUUAUUAGCUUUAUUAACAUGAUCACUGGCCCCUCCCUUUAAAGGAGCGCUGACCAUCUUUAAAAUCCAUUCUCUCACCUCUUAUUAGCUUUAUUAACAUGAUCACUGGCCCCUCCCUUUAAAGGAGCGCUGACCAUCUUUAAAAUCCAUUCUCUCACCUCUUAUUAACUUUAUUAACAUGAUCGCUGGCCCCUCCCCUUAAAGGAGCGCUAACCAUCUUUAAAAUCCAUUCUCUCACCUCUUAUUAGCUUUAUUAACAUGAUCACUGGCCCCUCCCUUUAAAGGAGCGCUGACCAUCUUUAAAAUCCAUUCUCUCACCUCUUAUUAGCUUUAUUAACAUGAUCACUGGCCCCUCCCCUUAAAGGAACGCUGACCGUCUUUAAAAUUCUCUUACCUCUUAAUAAUUUGGUAGUUGAUAAAGCUUUUAAGAGGUAAGAGAAUGGAUUCUCUCUCCCUCUCUCUGUGUUUAAACCAGUACAAUAUUACAUGUAACCUGCCAAACUGUAUUUUUGUUUUGUUCAUCUGAUUUUUAAUUUUUUUUUGUAUUGAAUUUUAUUUUAAUGUGCCUUCGUUGUUUUUUUUUAUGUUGUUGCUUUCACUGUAUUUUGUUUUUCAUUUUUACUGUAAAAAACAAACGGUUACUGUCAUUUUUGUAAAAAAAAAAAAAAAAAAUUCAACAUCAUUAAACUGAAUAAAAUCAAGACAUAUCUUUAAAUGUUUAAAA